AAGUGGAUUGUCAAAUUGGAAAACAAAACAACGUGUGUUAAUUUUUAUUUUGAAUUAAAAAAUAAUAUUUAUUUUAUUUAUAAAGAAAACAAUAUAAUUAAUAAUGAAUGAAAAUGACGAGAAACCCUUUGCAGAGUUAGGUGUAAAACAGUGGCUUAUUAAGCAGCUUUUUAGCCUUGGUAUCAGGAGCCCUACUCCUAUCCAAAAAGGCUGUAUAUCUAAAAUUCUUGAAGGACAUGAUUGUAUAGGAGCAGCGAAAACUGGUUCUGGCAAGACUUUUGCAUUUGCUCUUCCAAUUCUGCAAAACUUAGCUGAGGAUCCUUAUGGAAUAUUUGCUUUGGUACUCACACCAACACAUGAAUUGGCCUAUCAGAUAGCUGAUCAGUUUCAGAUUUUAGGGCAGCCACUAAAACUAAGAGUAUGUAUAGUGACUGGAGGAUCAGACCAAUUAGAGGAGUCAUUGAAGCUGUCAAAACGACCUCACAUAGUAGUGGCCAUGCCUGGUCGGUUAGCGGAUCAUGUCAGUGGCUGUGACACUUUUAGCUUAAAGAAAAUCAAAUAUUUGGUAUUGGAUGAAGCUGAUAGGCUUUUCAGUGAAUCAUUCGAAGGAGACCUGGAGACAAUAUUUGCUGCUUUGCCAACAAACAGACAAAACUUACUAUUCUCUGCCACAAUAACAGAUGAUGUAAAGGAAUCUAAACUUCUUCCACUAAAUAAAGAAAAACUCAUAACAUGGUCAGAGAGUGAUCCACAGCUAACAGUGUCUACAUUAGACCAGCGAUAUGUUGUGUGUCCAGCCUAUGCUCGUGACGUCUACUUAGUACAGACUCUUAGGAAAUACCGAGAGACAAAGCCUAGUUCACACAUUAUUGUGUUUACAGAUACUAAGAAAGAAUGCCAAGUACUGUCAAUGAUGUUGAAUGCCAUAGGAAUGGACAAUGUUUGUCUGCAUGGGUUCAUGCGACAGAAGGAGCGCCUGUCUGCGCUCACACAGUUCCGUAGCAAUCUCAAGUGCACACUGAUAGCUACCAAUGUAGCGGCCAGGGGGCUCGACAUACCAUCAGUUGACUUAGUUGUUAACCAUAAGUUACCAUUGGAGCCUAAGGAGUAUAUUCACAGAGUCGGGAGAACAGCUCGAGCUGGACGCAGUGGUAUGGCGGUGUCGCUUAUAACUCCAUACGACAUACUGCGGCUCGGCGAGAUUGAAGACCAGAUCAAAACCAAGCUCAGCGAAUAUAAAAUUGAUGAUGACGAAGCAGUUAAAGUGUUCACGACGGUCAGCGUGACGCGUCGGGAGCAAGAGGCGCAGCUCGACAACGAGGAGUUCGAACAGAGGAAGCGGAACUACAAGAUCAAGCGCUGGAUCAUGGCGGGCGUCGACCCUGAUGCUAUGGAGGCUGGAUUUGAAGAAAUGCGUAGAAAACGUAUAAAAGCAGCGAAAAAAGCCAAGUUGGCUAAAAUAAAAGACAUCCAAGCACAAAUUAAGGCUGCGGAAACAGGAGGUCAAGACACUAAUCGCCUUCAACCGAGCGAGUCUGAAGAUAUCGAUGCGACUAUCAAAAAUGGUUUGAAAAAGGUAAAUAAAAGUCUCAUGAAGAAAGACGAAAGGUUCAAAGACGUUAUAGGAAAAGUAAGCAAAAUUAAGCGUAAAGCAGAAAAUAUGAAAUUGAAACAGAACAGCAUAGAAGAGAAAGGGUCAAAUACAAAAAAGAAAAAAGUAAUAACUAAAUGAAAAAAGUUUCAUUAAAAU